AUGGGUAGCAAGAUGCCACCGUUUGAUGGAAAGCAACAACACCUACUGCACGAGCCAUUUGCGACUGAAACUGACCUGCCACCAAUCGACAACUACAGCCCUCGAAGAUAUCAACCAAAACACGCCUUUAAGCGAGUAAUUCCCGUCUGCCUCACGCUCCUAGCAAUAUUCUACCUCCUCCCGACCACUUUCGUCUGCCAUCAUCACAAUGACCCCGCUCUAUCCUCGAGGCCGGUCGCAGUCGAAGAAAAAGUACCACUCGAGAUACAUGUCAUGUCGAAAUGUCCAGACGCGAGGGAUUGUUUGCGCGAAUUGAUAGUGCCGACAAUGGUGAAAGUCUCGGAGAAGGUGAACUUAACGAUGUCAUUCAUUGGAAGCAUUGACCCCAACUCCGAUGCCGUCUCGUGCAAGCAUGGCCCCGGCGAGUGCCUCGGCAACAUCAUCCUCCUCUGCGCUGCCAAAGUCUACCCCGACGUGAAGCUAUGGCUUGGAUAUGCCAAUUGUUUGAUCUCCGACUAUCCCGACAUCCCGAAGCGAGAUCUGGUGGAAAGCUGUGCAAUGGAACAUGCCCUUGACUUCCAGAAACUCAAUUCGUGUAUCAGUGAUGAAGGAGAAGGCAUCGACUUGCUCCGAGCCAGCAUUGAAAGAAGCCAGGAGAACAACGUCACAAAGAGCUGUACAGUCAGACUUGCAGGCGAAAUCCGUUGUAUUCGUGACGGCGGAGAGUGGUAUGACUGUCCCGGCGGCAGCUCUGUUGACGAUCUGGUGGGGGAUAUCAACAAACUGUACAGUGCCAGCCUUUUAAGACCGCUAUCCUAG